AGCAGCGGGCGGCGCGGCGGGACACAAUGUAGCAAGGGCGGCGGAGCCGCUUACAAUGUAGCGAGGGCGGCGGCGGUCAGGUGGGGUGCUAUGGAAUAUGAUGAGAAGCUGGCCAGGUUCCGGCAGGCCCACCUCAACCCGUUCAACAAGCAGCUGGGACCAAGGCGGCAUGAGCAGGGGGCUGCUGAGGAGGCCCCUGACGUUGCUUCUGAAGAGGCCUUACCGGAGCCACCCCCUGAGGACUUCCACUGCGCAGAGCGAGUGAUGGAUCUCGGGCUGUCCGAGGACCACUUCUCCCGCCCCGUGGGUCUGUUCCUGGCCUCUGACAUCCAGCAACUGCGGCAGGCGAUCGAGCAGUGCAAGCAGGUGAUUCUGGAGCUGCCUGAGCACUCAGAGAGGCAGAAGGAUGCUGUAGUGAGACUCAUCCACCUGCGACUAAAGUUCCAGGAGCUGAAGGACCCCAAUGAAGAUGAGCCCAACAUCCGAGUCCUUCUGGAGCACCGCUUCUACAAGGAGAAGAGCAAGAGUGUGAAGCAGACCUGUGACAAAUGUAACGCCAUCAUCUGGGGGCUCAUUCAGACCUGGUACACCUGCACAGGAUGUUAUUACCGCUGUCACAGCAAGUGUUUGAACCUCAUCUCCAAGCCCUGCGUGCGUUCCAAAGUCAGCCACCAAGCCGAGUACGAGCUCAACAUCUGUCCAGAGGCGGGGCUGGACAGCCAGGAUUACCGGUGUGCAGAGUGCCGCGCGUCCAUCUCUCUGCGGGGCGUGCCCAACGAGGCCCGGCAGUGUGACUACACCGGUCAGUACUACUGCAGCCACUGCCACUGGAAUGACCUGGCCGUCAUCCCUGCUCGCGUGGUGCACAACUGGGACUUUGAGCCGCGCAAGGUGUCUCGCUGCAGCAUGCGCUACCUGGCGCUGAUGGUGUCACGGCCUGUGCUUAGGCUCCGGGCGAUCAACCCUCUUCUGUUCAACUACGUGGAAGAGCUGGUGGAAAUACGGAAGCUGCGUCAGGACAUCCUGCUCAUGAAGCCGUACUUCGUCACUUGCAAGGAGGCCAUGGAAGCACGUCUGCUCCUCCAGCUCCAGGACCGGCAGCACUUUGUGGAGAACGAUGAGAUGUACUCCAUCCAGGAUCUGCUAGACGCGCACACGGGCCGCCUGGGCUGCUCGCUCACCGAGACCCACACACUGUUCGCCAAGCACAUCAAGCUGGACUGCGAGCGGUGCCAGGCCAAGGGUUUCGUAUGUGAGCUCUGCAGAGAGGGUGACGUGCUAUUCCCCUUCGACAGCCACACAUCCGUGUGCAGUGACUGCUCUGCCGUCUUCCACAGGGACUGCUACUACGACAACUCCACCACAUGUCCCAAGUGUGCCCGGCUUACCUUGCGGAAGCAGUCGCUUUUCCAGGAGCGUGGGACAGACGUGGACGCCUAGAGUGGUGGGCAUCGCUCCCGGGCCUGUCUGGCGCCCACCCUACUGAUCAUUGCCAAAGUCAAGCUGUUUCUUGUGCUCUGGAGACCCCUAGGGUACCCCUGGACCUGUGCCCGCUCCGUCCUCACACACACACCCCCCGCCCCCCCCCGUGCUGGGCCAGAGGGGUAUAAGCACCAUGAGGACCGUCACCUGCGGUCCUUGUUGGGACUUGGUGCUGUGCCGGCCGUUUCCUGGAUGUGCUGCUGUGAGGGCCAGAAUGUGCCCCCCACUGCAGGGCUCUGUGGGCAAGGGAGUGGGAAAGGGCUUCUCAUCUCCCCCAUGGGGCCAAGGCCACCCUGGGAACCAUGGAGGGCUUCAGGGGAGUGGCCGACAAGACCCAAGGAUGCUAGCUGGAAACACCCAGCCUUGGCCUGAGUUUUCUCUGAAUUGGAUGGUUUGGGAUCUACCUGCAGGCUGCCAACUCCCCUUGUCUCUGUGGGGUCGUCUGGAUGUCCCUGGCCAGGGCUCUUUACAAUUGUCGCCGAGGUUCUGGAGUAGAUUAGGGGUUGCCUGGAGAGAACAGGGAUUAGUUGACAGGGCCAGUCCAGCGUUUACAGGUUCAUUUUGUACAGCAUGGAGGAAAGGGGCCACGGAGCUCAGCCAUGGGUGGGCCGGCCACUGCUGCCCUGGCCUAGCCCAGCUUACCCUGGUGCUCCGAACUGGGUGGCUGGGCAUCCAUCCUGAAGAGGCUGUUCUGCUUCCAGCUGUGCCCCCAGGUGAGGUUCCCAGUUUGGCAAGAGGGUUAGUUACAGUAGGCUUGAGUGGCAUUUCUGAAGAUGAGAUUUGCCCAAUGAGGUCUGUGCUGCUGCUGUAGUGUCUGCAUGGGACUCGACAGCUUGGAGACCAGCCAGGGGACAGCUGAGGUCAAGUGCUGGGGCCGAAAGCCCAUGAAGGAAGACCGAGGUGUGCAUGGUCCCGUGCCCCAACAGACAAGGGCCCCCUGCACAGAGGACGAGACUUACAGUCCUUCGGUGGGAGCUGUGGCAGGUCUCCCCAUUUGCCAGAACACUCUGUGCUUUAGAGACCCUGCGCCGAGGGAAGGGCACGUGGGAAGAGCACAUUUCAGGGUAUGGCUGCCCAGUCUUUUUCCUGCCGUGGACUGUGCUUGGAUGUCACUUACAGGUGGCGGAUGGUGGGCAGAGAACACACCACUGGGGUAUCCAUCCCCUCUGACUGGGAAGCACAAGAGGAGAUGCCUCUGGCACCACAAGGGUCAGCUCAGCUUGCUGGCCAAUGUGGGGGUGGCUGAAGG